AAGUGAGAGCUGCUGGGGAUGACAGUUGCUUCAGGCAACCCUGGGGAGGACAGGGUCGGGGGUAAAAAUCAAUGACGAGAGCCUGAGCGAGAAAAAACAUGGAGGGAUACCGUGGUGCAGAGUGUGACCGGGCAUCUGAGACUUCCUCCUUCAUAGAGGAUGAAGAAGAGGAGGAAGAAGAGGAGGAGGAGGAGGAGGAGGCCAUGGACCCAGAGGAAGCAGAGGAGCUGACUCACAGCUUGAAAGAUUUUAUCCAAAGUGAAGAUGUGAAACCCAAGCUGCAGUACAUCAUGACUAACCCCUCCUUUUCUAUGGUAACAGUUCAAAGUGAAGAUAGUGGGAUAACGUGGGAAACCAGCUCAAGCAGAUGUUCUACUCCCUGGACUUCAGAAACCAGUACAACUUCUGAUCUUUACAGUAUGGAAAGUUCACCAGUGGGUUCUCCUCCAGGAAAAGUUAUCUUUAUUAUGGAUGAAGGUAAAAUUGUUCGGAAAAGGAAGCGUAAGCCUUCAGAUAGAAUGCCAUUGCCCACACAUGUGAGAGGAGGUCAGGGCAAUAAGAAACGCGAUUCUUCUGGAAUGCAGAGGCAAGAACCAAGAACUGUUCUAGGAGAUGUGCAGGACUCAAUGUUAAAUGUUGAACAGAUGGAAGCACACGACACAGAUGAAGAAAUGUUGGAGGACAAAGAAGAUCUGGAGAAUAUUGCAGAAAAACCAGUAAAACGUGCUCCAAUAAGAUCAGUAUUUAGAGAAAGCAGACUGAAGAAAGUAGGGCCGAUCCUUGGAGGACCAGUAAAAUCUAGAAUCCAGCUGUUCAAUUCAAUUUUUGGAGGGACUGGGCCACUCCCUGAAACACUAGAAAAAAGUAGAAUCCAAAGAAAGAGCUCUGUUUCAGGAGAAUCUGAAUGCUUCCUUGAAGCAUCAGUAAAAGAAAGAUCGCAUAAGUUUAUUUCAGAAACAACACAUAAAAAAUCUUUCCAGAGAACAAGUAGAAGCCUUGAAACACCAACAGAAAGAAGAAGGAAUCAAAGGCAGCAAUCCACAGCACAUUCAAAACAAAGCUAUUCUUCAGUAACACCUCUUGAAAAACAGUUUACUAGUAAAGAUGUUUCAUUUCAAAAUAUAAAACCUGUAAAAACAAAAGAUAAACCAAGCAAGUAUUCAAAGACUGGUGAAGAAAUAACUUUUCAACACAAAGAAAGAAAAGUCAGGCAGUCUCGACUGGAGAAUCUGAAUCAGGAAUCAAAGCAGACACAAAAGUUCUGCCCUCCCGAAGAAGCAAGAAAGCAGCAAAGUUACUCUUAUUCACCUGCAGCUAACAGGGCAAUAACAGAACAGUUAUCAUCUACUGCACGAGAGUCUGGUGAUAAAUCAGAGGAACAACUGUCACUUCCUUCAAAUGAAACUGCAAAUAAGAAACCAGAACAAUCACCGCUGACAGCAUCAGAUUUUCUAGAUGAGCCAAAGCAGCGAGAGAUUCAGCCCAGUUCAACACUACUGUCCGUUUCAGCAGAUUCUGUUAACAAAUUAGAUAGACAGAGUACCCAAUCUGCAGUAUCCACAAUGGAACAUCUUGAGAAGGAAGUACAGAAGUCAGCAGUUCAGUCUUACUUACCUACUGCUCCGCUAGCUACACCCAGUUAUGUCACUCCAUCUGAAACAAGACAGGAGGAUAUUAUUCCUCAGUCAUCAGAAACUGCACAAUCAGAGUCUGAACAUGGGUUUUUACCACAUUCUCUAGAUGUAAUAGAGAAGCAAGAAACUGAGUAUCACUCGUCAGCAACUGCACAGUCAGAAACUGAACAUUCUGGUCUAUCGUAUUCCGUUAAAAAAAAAGAGAGUCAAAGGACCCCACUACCAGAAAUGCAAAAUAUUUACUUAGAGAAGAAAACAGAGUCAGAACAAGAGUUAUUCUUUGCUCAAGAAGUAGAGCAGCAAGUAAUCAAACUAAAUUCACAUACUCCUGAAAAUAUGGAUUCUAAGUAUUUUGGCAUUUCAUAUCCUGUUUGCACAGAAACACAAGAAGCUCAGAAAAGACCUGUUGUAAAUAAAGCAGUAGAUUUAGAUCACCCUGUUUUUUCUGUUGAUAAAAACAAUCAAGCAGAGAGCACACAAAUGGAGACGGAAUAUCCAGACUUUUCAUACUCCAGUGAAGAAAGUGGGGAAUCAGUGAGACCACAGACAGAGACAGAGCAUGCAGAUUUCUUUUUGUCCAAGGAAGUAACAGAGGAAUUGGAGAGUGCACAGCUAAAGACAGAGGAUCCACAUUCCUCUUAUUCCAGAGAAGAAACAGAUGAAUCAAAGAUUUCACAAGGGGAGACAGAGCAACCAGAUUUUUCAUUUUCCAGAGAAAAAGUGGAGGAAUCAGAGAGUACACAACCAGAGACAGAAUGUCGAGAAUUCCUUUUUUCCGAGAAAGACACAGAAAAAUCAGAGAGUCCACACCAGGAGACAGAGUAUCCAGACUUCUCUUAUUCCAGGGAAGAAGUGACUGAAUCAGAGAGAACACAGUUAGAGAUGGAGCAGCCAGACUUUUCUUUUUCUAGGGAAGAAAUAGAGUAUUCAGAGAGUGCACAACCUAAGAUAGAGCAUCCAGAUUUCUCCUACUCCAGGGAAGAAAUGGUGAAAUCAGAGGAUGCACAUGUGAAGUUGGAGCAGCCAGACUUUUCAUUUCCCAGGGAAGAAACAAAGGAUUUGGAGAGUACACCACGGGAGACCAAGCAUCCAGAAUUUGAUUUUUCCAAAGAAGAUAAGCAGGAAUCGGAGAGUACACAGAUGGAGACAGAGCAUUCAGAUUUCUCUUAUUUCGGGGAAGAAAUGCUGGAAACAGAGAGUGCACAGCUGGAACAGACAGACUUUUCUUUUCCCGGGGAAGAAACAGAGGAAUCAGAGAGUGCACAGCUGGAGACAGAACAUCAGGAUUUUUCAUUUUCCAGGGAUGAAACAGAAGGGCAAAAAUCUAUUCCCUUUGAACUGGAACAGCCAAAGUCUUACUCCCCUGAGGAAGCAGAGCAAGAAAAAACAGCACAGCUUGAGUUGGAACCUUCAGACAUAUCCUGUUUGAUGGAAAAAGCAGAGAAAGAAAACACUACAAAACUAGAAUUAGUACAUCCAGAUACAUACGAUUUAAGUGGAAGAGAUAGGAUGCAGCAAAUGGAGCAUAAGGAAACAAGACAUUCAGAUUUACCAUCUCCACAGGAUGAAACAAAGCAUCAAGAUUUGGCGCAAGUAGAUACUGACAAACCUCUUUUGUCAUAUUUUGGUGACAGAGGGGAACAGGCACAACCUGUACAGAAAGAUUUACAACCUGGAGAUAAGCUUUACUCCCUUGGCAAGUCAGUGCAAGGAGAAACUGAUCAACUGCAUUUGGAGUGUCCAGUUUUGCCAUAUUCUGCUACAAAAGAGCAGCAACAUAAAGAAGAGUCAGAUAAAUCAUAUUCCACUGGAAAAACAGAUCAGGAAAUAUUUCAACCAAAGGUGGAACAUGCAGAUUUUCCAUAUUUCCGUGGAGAAGCAGCACAAGAAGCUGUUCAAAAAGACGUAGGAAGUCCAGAGUGGUCAUGUUUCCUUAGUGAAGCACAGCAAAGUGAAAUCAUACAACUAGCUUCAGAAAAUAGGGAUCUCUCAUUUACCACUGGAGAAAUAGUGCAAGAAGAAAUGAAGUCAGGAUCUUUGAAUUUCUCACAUUCAAUUGACGGACAAAUGCACAGGGAAAUGGUUCAGCUGGAACAGGAACAUUUACUUCCUACUUAUUCCACUCCCGAUAGUCAGCAAGAGGAAACCACACCACUGGAUUUGCCUCAGCCAGAUAUAUCAUACUGCACUGGAAAAAUAGAACAAGAAAAUAGAGUACAAAGAGGGCUGGAAGAACUGGUAGAAAUCCAACCAAAAGCUACACAAGAGGAAUUGGAUUAUUCAGAUUUGCCAGAAAACUGGGGGAAAGUAGAAACACAGGACACUGACCAAAUGAAUUUGGCACAUCAAGAAACAACUGAACCAGAGUUAGAGCAUCCACCUGUGCCAUGUCCUUUCAGGGAACUAAUGCAAGAAGAAAAGAAAAUAGAACCAGCAUAUCCAGAACAGACAUUUUAUGCAAGUAUAGACAUGCAGGAGGAAGUGAUGCAACAGAAAACAAAGCAACCAUUUAUUUCAUGUUUCAAUAGAAAAUCAGAACAAGAUGAAAUAAUGCAUCCAGAGCAGGAGCAAACAUCUGUGCCCUUUUCUAGUGGCAAAGAAGCACCGCUGGAAAUGGAAACGGGUUCAGAAUAUCCAGAUUUGUCAUAUUCCUCUCACAGAACUGAACAAGAAAAGUUUAGACAUCCAACCUUGCCAUUCAGUUUGAAGGAACAAGAAACACCAUCAGUGAUAGAACAUCCAGAUCUUUCAUGCAACACUAGUGAACUGAAACCAGGUGAUACCAUACAGGAGUCAGAAUAUCCAGAGAAGUCUUACUCCAUGGAAGAAAUGCAACAAGAAUCAGAAUAUUUAGAUUCAGCAGAUACCUUGGCCAGAGCACCAGAUGAAACUGUGGAGGUGGAAUCAGAGUAUCCAAAUGUAUCAUGUUCUGAUGGCAAAAAAAGCCAGCAAGAAACUUCACAGCUGGUUUCAAAAUAUCCGGAUACAUUGUUUUCCUUUAGAAAUUUUAAAGAACAGGCAACUCAAGAGUUUGACUCAAAACAUAAAGAUUUUCCUAGGGUGGCCAGGAAAGGAGAUUUACCAGGAACUGUACAAAUAGACUCAAAAUAUCCAGAUUUGACAUAUUCCUCUGGAAAAACAGAGGAGCCAGAAAUUGCACAAUCAGAAGCAAGGCGCUCUGACUUGUCAUAUUCCACCAGUGAAACAAACAAACAAGAAGCAGCGCUGUGGGAUCAGAAACACAGAAAAAAUUCUCUUGACAGAGAAAAGCAGCAGCAAACACCAGAAGAGCAGGUAGAGCAAGAAAAGUUUUCAUAUUCUUCUAGCAAAACAGAGCAGUUAAAAUAUGCUGAAGACUGCUUUGAGAAAAAAGCUUUAUCAUUUUCCACUGUUAGGCCAGAAGAGAAAAUGGCUUUGACAGAGACAGAACAUGCUGAUGUGAUAUACCCUCUGGAAAAAGCAAAAGUGCAACAAAGAGAACAACUAGAAUCAGAGCAAAUGGAUUUAACUUACACCUUUGAAAAAGCAGAACAGAAAAUCACUCAGCCAGAAGUGGAAAAAUCUAAUUUGGCCCAUUCUGUGGGUACAGCAGAACUAGAAGAAAUAGCAGAACUAGAGCAGAGAUAUCCUGACCUGCCUUAUUCUGUUUUCCAAGUAGAAAAACUGCAAAGUGAAGAGCUGAAGCCUGAACAUCCUGGUCUAGCCUGUUCCUUCAAUGAACUACAGGAAACAACACAACUGAAUGUGAUGGAUGCCCAUGGCAAAACAGAGAUAUGCCCACUUGCUAAGCUGGAGCUGGGCAAUGAAUAUUUGGCAUCUCCUGCUGACAAAGUGGGACAGCAAGAGAUGAUGCAUACCUUGGAAUGCCCUAAUGAGAACCAGUCUGCCAGCAGAGCAGAGCAUCCACAACCAACAAAAGAGAAACCAGGAGUUCCAGAUACAUUGUCUUGUAGUGGAAAAGAAGAGCAAAGAGGAAUGGCAAAACCAGCACUGAAGCAUCCAGAGUUAUCAUAUUCCAUUCAUGGAACACAGCCACAAAAAAAUACACAGCUGGAGUUAGGAAAACCAGACCUAGCAACUUGGUCUGGCAAAACAGAGCAAGAACAAUAUGCUCAAAAGGAGCAGUCAGGCUUCUUGUGUUCUUUCAACAAAGAAGAAGCACAACCAGAAAUGGGACGUUCACAGUUAUCUUAUUCUGUUAGUGAAAUAGAACAAGAAAUUGCACAUGAGGAAUCAAUCCAUUCCUCUUUAUCUGCUGGCAGAUUAGAACAGCAUGAAUUCAUACAACCAGAGGCAGAAAUAAUGGAUUUAUCAUGCUCAGUUGCUGAAACACAGCAGUCUCAAAUAGAUGAACUGGAUUUGGAAUAUUCGGAUUUGUCACAUUCCACUGGUGCACUACAGAAACAAGAAGAGGUCCAACCAGAGCUGGAAGAGCCAAGUGAUUUUUCAUCAUGUCUCAGAAAAGAGCAAAAGGAAAAUGUAGGAAUGCAGGCAGAACCCUCUAAGUUUCAGUGCUCUGAUUGGAAAACAGAAAGGCUGCAAGAUUCGCAGGUGGAAUCAGAAUGCACAGAUUUGUCAUUCUCUGUUAGCACAGCAGAAGCUCAUGAAACAACAAAAUCAGAGUUGAAAGAACUUGAUUUGUUGCAUUCUUUCGUCAAAACAAAGCAAUCAUGGGAUUCACCAGAGCCUGAUCAUCUAAACGUCUCAAAUGUCAUGGCCAAGGUACCACACCCUGACUUGUUCUCUUCCACCAGUGAAGAAAAACAGAGUGCACAAGUGGAUUUUAAACAGGAGAGAGAAAGCUAUGCAUUACACGCAGAGGAAAUGGCAAAAUUGAAGUUAGAACAGCCAACAUUGUCAAGUGCUCAUGGCACAGUGGAGCAACCAAGAAGCACUUCAAUGGAAAGAAAGUUCCUGGAAUCCUUGUAUUUCUCUGGUGAAAAAAGAGAAAACGAGAAAGAGAAACAAGACACAUUAAGUCAAGAGUUAGAACAUUCAGGUUUAUUAGAUUCUACUGACAAAACACAGCAGCAAGAAACAACACAACCUGAGUCAGGACAACUAGAUUUAUCAUCUUACUCAGGAAAGAAAGAGCAACCACAAACUGUUCAAGUGGAAGGAGUACAUCAGGAGAUGCUACGUUUCCCAGGCGAAACACAAUGGCAAGGAACAGCACAAUCAGAGAUUGAACAUCCAGAUUUGUCAUAUGCCAUUGGCAAAGUAGAGCAGCCACAGGUUACGCAGUGGAAAUCAGAGCAGUCUGUAACACCUCCUCACAUUGGAACAACACAUCAACAAAGAAUGGCACAUUCAGUGCAGGACUUAGGAAAACAAGAGUUUAUAUAUGGUUCUGGUAAAACAGAUGAAAUGCAAACCGUGCAAGGUGAACUGGAACAUACAGCUUCAUUGUAUUUUUCUGACAAAACAGAACAAGAAAUGGUGAUAUCAGAGUUGCAACAUCCGCGGCUAUCGUAUUCUGUAAAAGCAAUGGAAGAGAAAACUGCACAUCAGAAAUCAGACAAUAAAGAUUCGUCGUAUUCUACUUGCCAUCAGGAGCACCACAAAAUUGUACAACCAGAGAUGGAAGAAAUGGAUUUAUCCUAUCGAACUGGCAUAUCACAGCAUUCACAAUCUGCUCAAAUAGUACUGCAAAAACCAGGGUUUUUGAAGUCUUUUGAAAAAUUGGAGGAAAAGGGAUUGGCUCAGCUUUCCUUUUUGCACUCUCUUGGUGAAGAAAAGCAAAAACCAUCUUCACAGUUAGACUUAACACAACCAUGUUUGUCACAUUUACUCGAUAAAGCAGAAAAACAGGAAACUGCACAACAAGUGUUUAUGUCUUCUGAUUUCUCAUAUUCAAUGGGAAAAGAAGACCAACUGCAAACAGAACAAGUAAAAUAUCCAUGUGUUUCAUAUUCUCUUGACAAAGCAGAAACUCACAGAGCGAAACCACUGGGUUUAUUGUCCUCUUAUGGCAAAGCAGAGCAGACACAGACUGCCCAUCUGGAACAUCCAGAGACAUCAUACUUUGCAGGUGAAACAGAGCAGAGGAAUGGGACCCAUCCUGAACUGCAGUGUUUUAAUUUGCCGCCCUCUGCUGCUGAAGCUGAGCAAAAAGAAACACUUUCUGUAUCUGACACCUCUGCCAGGACUGAGGAACAGCAAACUGCAGAACUGAAGUCUGAACAAUCAGAUUUAUUAAAUUCUACUGAAAAAGCAGAAAAGCACAAAAUAGCUGUCUUGAGAGCAGGACAUUCAGAGAAGAGGAACACUGGGAUUAUUUCAUCUCAAACUACUCCAUUGGAAACUGAACAAGAUUUAUCUUUUUCCACUAAGGAAGCAACAAGCCAAAAAACUCAGUCCUGUUCAUCUCUUCCUGAAAAAUCAGUGUCUGUACCAUUGGGUGUUUCAUAUUCUGAAAGAAAAAUGGAAAGAAAUCCGAAGUAUUCACCUGUACCUGAAGGUCUGUCCUCUGAGCGCUUAGAUUUGUCUUGCAGCCAGUGUAAAACAGAGCCAUCAGAAACAGCACAGCCUGUGUCCGGCUUCUUUACAAGAAAAGAAGCAGAAAAUACAAGAAUUCAUCUACAUUUGCCUAUGGCUGCACCGUCAGAGGCUGAACAUGUAAUUUUACCCGAAACAGAGAGAGAACAGACUCCACAAUACUUCCACACAACUCCACAAUUAGAAUCUGAACAAUUAAAUACGUCAUGUUGUAUAGAUAAAACAGAAACUCUAGAAAGUCAGGAGUAUUUAAGUGCAUCUUCAAAACUAGGGACUGAAUCUUCAGCUCCAUUUUAUUCAGUUGAUGGAACACAUCAGCAAGAAAUUCCACCUUAUUCAAAACCUGCCUCUGAGAAUUUAGUUGCCAAAUACUCCCUUGCUGAACAAGAAAAGCAAAGCAUGCAACUAGUUAUUCCCCAGUCUGCACAGUCAGAGUGUAAAUAUGUAAUUCCACCACAUGAGGAAGUAGAAUUGCAAAAAAAUCAGUUACAUUCACCUAAACCAGCAAGCCUGAAGACAGAACAGUUUGAGAAUAAGACCGUAUUGCACACAAAAGAACGAGAUGAACAAGAUCUCACAGGACAUUUGUCAUUAGAGCAGCUAAGUUCCCCUAAAUUAUCUGCCAAGUGGGAUAAACAAGAAGUACAGCCAGAUGUACAGAAGGUGCCACAGCUGGUGAACGUGGAGUCAAAGGCGACUCCUGUAGCAGACCAGCAAUCAGUGUCAUCAGAUACAUUUGUACCUUUUCAUGCUCUGUCCAAAAAAACAGUAUCUGUGGCCUUCACUGAUGAUGAAGAAAAACAAAAUAUUCCAUCAUCUCUACCUAAUGUAGUAGGCAUACCUGAAAACCAAACAAACAUACUUUCACAUAGUUUCACUAAAGAAGAAGAUAGACAUGAAAUGCAGCCAUAUUUCACAGGGCAGAAGCAUUCAUCCUUAGAGCAACUGAGAUCUGUUUCCUCAGAUCUUGUUUAUGACACUGUGGCACACAAAACUCAGCAUUAUUCUUGUGAACAGGGUACACUUUAUUCAAUGGAGUCGAAGUCCAUUUUCCCCAGUUCUAAUGAAAUGCAGAAUCCAGAUAUUCCAUCUCCUGGGCUAGCCAGCUGGCUGGCAGAAGAAGUGAAAGCUCAUUCAGUUAAUCCUAUAAAAGCUAAAAGAGUAGACAAGCUUUCUCCAAAUGGAGCUUCAGAUUUUGGAUCAAAGCAGUUUCCAGCUGGAAAUUUCACAGAAGUUACAAUUCAUGACACUACAGAUAAUAAAGGCAAUGCAUUUAGAGUUUCUGAUUCUGAAAUUAAAAUUUCCUAUGGACUGUCCUCAGAAACUGGUCACAGAACAGGAAGACAUGAUUUACCAUCUCCAGGAGCAGAUAAUCCAGGCCCAGACAAAGGUCCAAAGAGUGAAACUAGAUUUGGAAACCCUACAAAAAGGAAAGCAGCACCACAUCUGGAGGCAGACAAAAUGUCUAACGUGCCUGAGGAUUACCUGAGAAGAGAAGAAGAAGAAAUGAAACACAUGAGCACUGCAGAAGACAGUCAGCAUGCUCCAGAACAAAAAGAUCUAUUUAAUAUAAUUUCAGAAGGUUAUGAAAUACUCAAUAUUCAUGCUCCUGCACAUAUUUCUUCCAUUGAUCAAGAAGAAAGUAAGCAUAUGCCAGAUAAACUAGAAUACUUGGAAACAAAUCCUUCAUUUAAGAAAAAAAUAACUCAUGAGAGACAAGAAGCUUCAGCUUCUGGAACAACAGAAAUUUCUGGUAUCUCAAUGUUGGGAAUGUCUGAAAGCCACAAAGUAAAAGAAUUGGUCAAAACUGAUGAUGUUGGGGAAACUGAAGAAAUACAAGAAGAAAAUCCAGUGAUGUCAGAAAACAGAAAUCAUGCAGUCUUGGAUACUGACAAUGGUAUAUCUGAAAUUGAUUAUUUUGAAAAAUAUACCUUGAUUGAUGACAAAUCCCCAAUUAAGCCACAUUUUGAAAGACCAAGUUCAUCAUGCCCUGUGAAAGAAGAUCUUAAUGAACCUGUUGAACAAGCCACAUCUUCCAAAGAAACUGCUGAGGAAGAUACUUUGGAAGAGGAGUUUGCCUUACUUGAGGACUUGGAUGAAGUAUUUUAUGGAACUGUGAAAGGAGAAAGCAAAAUGCAGUCUUACGUGGGUACUCCAGAACGUUUUCCUCUGCAGAAAUCAAUUGAUAUUAGCAGUAAAAAAGCUACAAGUGUAGAAGAUGAACAGAAGUCACCAGGGACCCCAUUAUUUGAUUCAGAAGAAGGAGUGCUAGAACGAUCUCUGUUGUUUCCUACCACUGUUGCUGCUGUUAAUCCAGAGCUUCUAGAGGAGCCACCUGCUCUAUCAUUUUUAUACAAGGAUCUUUAUGCAGAAGCAGUAGGAGAAAAGACAAAGGAUGAGACUCCUUCUGAUGAAGAAAGUGGUAACUCUAAUGCAUCUUUUCCAAGCAGAAAUUCAGACACAGAUGAUGGAACAGGAAUUUAUUUUGAAAAAUACAUUCUUAAAGAUGAAAUUCCAGGUAAAGUCUUCGAGCCUCAAAAGGAUCAGAUACAAGAAGAUGAAUCUUUUAGUGGAGGAAUUUCAGUUCCGAGUUCAGAGGAGAAAUACAAGCAGAGGUCUGCUGAUGUUUUAAGUGUUAGAACUGAGAUUCUGCCAGAGAGCGAUAUUGUGGAGAAAGUCCACAGUGACAUUAAAGCAACAAUUUGCAAACCAACGCAUGCCAUUCCUUUUGGAGGAAGAGUAAUUGUUUCAGGUGCAAGAAGUGAUGUCACUGAAGAAAGACAAGAAAAUGUUCCUGUGGAAACAACUGAGGAGUUACCAGAGCAAACAAGUCAACAAGAGUAUAGUCAAAUAGUCGAUUCUCUGGGAGCUGCACAUCAAGAAUUUAUCAAUAAGCAGGAAGAACACCAUGAAAUAACAGCAAUUCCUCAAGUGGAAAGAUAUGUUCCAUAUACUAGGACUCCUGUUGAAGACAGUGAAGAUGAUCAGUAUGCCCAGGAAAUUCUUUCUCAUGUUCCUACAAUCCAGCAAAGGGAGAAGCCAGACUUUCAAAGAAAAGAGCAGCACCCUCGUGUUUAUGAAGAUUUCGCUGAGUCAAUGGACUAUGAUGUUAUUACACAAGAAGAACUUUUGCAAGAUGAAAUAUCAUCUGAAUUCACACAUGAGGAGCUAUUAUUUGAAGACAGGGACUCUUUUGAGCAUAUUGGGGAUAAUUAUGAAUUUUUUAAUGAGCCAGAGCAAAGAACACCUGUUGAACUUGAAGAUUCAGGAUUUGUGGUGAUGUAUCCUGAAAAAUCAGCAGCAAACAUUCCUGAAAUUGAGAGUCCACAAAGAGAACUGAAGAAAGCACAGACAGAUACAUACUGUUGUCACUGCAAAUGUCCAAUAUCUGCUAUUGACAAGCUUUUUGGGGAACACAAAGACCAUGAAGUCACAACCCUAGAUGAUGCUGCAACCAAGAUGAAGGAUCAAUUAGGUGAAUUGCUAAUUGCACUGGAAAAAAAGUCAAUGAAGAUUGAAGAGUUUGUGAGUGAUAUCGAAUCCCUAUUUAACUCUGUGGAGGAAAACUGUAAGAAAAAUGCAGAGUUACUGGAAAAGCAGAAUGAAGAGAUGCUUAAGAAAAUGGUAGCACAAUAUGAUGAAAAAUCAGAAAACUUUGAAGAAGUGAAGAAGAUGAAAAUGGAGUACCUUUAUGAACAGAUGGUUAACUUCCAGCAAACAGUUGAUUCAGCAAAGGAAACUUUGGAGACUACAGUAAAGGAAAUGGAAGAACUCAAUGGAUUUGUUUUCCUAAAUUCAUCUAAAGAAUUGAACAAAAGGUUAUGUUCUGCAAUGGAUGCCACUCGUUCCUUAGAAAAGGUGCCCAGUACAUUUUCACUGUUUGAGCACUAUGAGGACAGUCCAGGAAAGAGCAACCAGAACUCUUUAAAACAUGUGGCUGUCCCACAGACACCGACCUUAAUACCUCAGGAGCCAAAUUCAGCUACCAGCACUUCCAUUGCUGUCUACUGGACUGUGAAUGAAGGGGAUGCCAUUGACUGCUUCCAGGUGUAUUGUAUGGAGGAGCUUCAAGCCAGCAAAGAUGAGGGAGCUUUGGUGGAAGAAUACAGAGUGACAGUGAAGGAGAGCCACUGCAUUUUGGAGGACCUGGAGCCAGAUCGCUGUUAUAGUGUGUGGGUCAUGGCUGUGAACUGUACAGGCUGUAGCUUACCUAGUGAAAAAGCCAUUUUUAAAACAGCACCUGCCACCCCCACCAUCAAGGCCGAAGAUUGCACAGUGUGUUGGGAUACAGCCACCAUCCGUUGGCAGGUUGCCUCAUCAGCAGCGGAGUCCUUCACCCUGGAAUACUGUAGACAACACUCGCCAGAAGGAGAGGGUCUCAGAUCUUUUGCCGGUAUAAAGAGACAUGAACUGAAGGUAUUCCUGGAGCCCAAUGUGAACUACUUCUUCUACCUGAGGGCUGUCAAUACAUUUGGGACAAGUGAACAGAGUGAAGCUGCUCUCAUCUCAACAAAAGGAACUCGAUUUCACAUACUGAGUGACACAGCUCAUCCCGCUUUGCAAAUCUCCCCUGAUGAAACCGUGAUCUGCCUUCCAGAGAAAGCUACAUUCACUGGGUUUCCAUCAGUCUUGGGUGAACCAUUGCCUGCUCGAGGAUGUCAUUACUGGGAAACUGUUGUCACUGCCUGCAGAAGCUACAGGAUUGGGAUUUGCUAUGAAACAACACCACAGAGCAGUGUUGUGGGACUAAGUGACACUUCCUGGUGCAUGCACUGCUGUCCUACACAAACCAGCUUUCUUUACAGAUUUUUUCACACGGAUGUGAUGAGCGAUAUACAUGUGACAGAACAACUAGCCAGGAUCGGCAUCUUGUUGGAUUACAGCGGUGGCAGACUGCUGUUCUUCAAUGCAGAGAAAGGACUGGUGCUGUUCACCAUCAGGCACAAAUUUACAGAUAUUGUUUAUCCAGCCUUUGCCCUGGAGAAGGCUGGAAUGCUUACCCUGCACACAGGAAUGGAUGUGCCAGAAUUUGUGAAGCACAGUUAAUCCCCUGCUUCACAUUCUUAGAAAAACUAACAAUUCCAGUGUUAGGAGCAGAGAGGGGUUUCAGAGAGAGAUGUCAAUUUUCACUGAUGAAUAUUAUGCACACAGCUGUCCCCCACAUCAUCCAUAAUUGCAGGUAGUUCUCAGCCAAGUAAUCACCCCGAGCCUGCGGAGAAAACAGCACCUUCAGCUGAAAUGUGCACCUAGUGAUAUACACAGCAGGAUUUUUGAGGGAAAUAAAAAAGUUUGUUAGACAUGAACAUUGAGGGAAGGGGAGGAAAUGUGCUUUCCCUUUGAAAACAAUGACAGUGUUUUCUGUCUUUUUAAAUUUGAUGAUGAGCCUGUGUAUGAAAUAAAUGCAUCUCUCACUGCA